UAUUCACUGGAGCAAAAAAUUCCCAGCUUUGUCAAAUCAGAUGCUUGAAUAUGUCACAGUGAUCUUUAAAUUUAUUCCAUUUUUGUAUGUUACAGCCCCAUCCCUGUAGGACCAUGAUCUAGGAGGUGUAUAUAUAUAAUGGCAAACCGAUAGAACCAGACAGAGGAAGAGAUAUCCAGGUGUCUGAGAGUCUGAGUUUCUCUCUGUAAUCGUUUUCAAUUUUCUGAGAGUAAUCACAAUCACAAUCAUGGUGCUUUUGGGAGAAGUAGGGUUAGUGUUGGGUGACUCGGGUUCUAUGUGGACUGUGGUUUUGGUCACUGCAAGCUUCGUGGGUGUUCUACUGGCCUUGCAGUGGAUCCUGGAGAAUGUAAAUUGGUGGCUCUAUGAAACUAAGUUGGGGGAGAUACAGUACUCUCUCCCACCUGGUGACUUGGGUUUGCCUUUCAUCGGAAAUAUGUGGUCUUUCCUCAGAGCAUUCAAGUCCCACAACCCUGAUUCCUUCAUCAACUCCUACGUUUCCAGAUUUGGAAAAAUUGGAAUCUACAAGGCCUACAUGUUUGGGUUUCCCAGUGUCAUUUGCACAGUGCCAGAAACAUGUAAAAGAGUUUUGACAGAUGAUGACGCAUUUAAGCCCGGGUGGCCUGUUUCCACUGUGCAGCUGAUCGGAAAGAAAUCAUUCAUCGGCAUCUCUUUUGAAGAGCACAAGCGUCUGAGAAAAUUAACAGCAGCUCCGGUCAAUGGUCAUGAAGCAUUGGCUGUGUACAUGAAGUAUAUCGACGAUAUUGUUGUAUCGUCUUUGGAAAAAUGGUCGACCACGGGAGAGAUAGAGUUUCUAACUCAAGUCAGAAAGCUUACUUUUAAGAUUAUUAUGUAUAUCUUCCUCAGUUCAGAGAGUGAGCCUGCAAUGGAGGCUCUAGAGAAAGAGUAUACAGCACUUAACUAUGGAGUUAGAGCCAUGGCUAUCAACAUUCCCGGAUUUUCUUACCAUAAGGCACUUAAGGCACGGAAAAAGCUUGUUGCUAUAUUUCAAAGUAUUGUGAAUGACAGAAGAGCUGAAAAAAAGGCCAAAAAUUUCUCGAAAAAGAAGCAAGAUAUGAUGGAUUCUCUACUGGAAGUUGAGGAUGAAGAAGGAAAUAAACUUACGGAUGAAGACAUUAUAGAUAUUCUGCUCAUGUACUUGAACGCUGGUCAUGAAUCUUCAGGCCAUACCAUAAUGUGGGCUACAACUCACCUGCAACAACACCCAGAAUAUUUCCAGAAAGCCAAGGCCGAGCAAGAAGCAAUUUUGAAGAGGAGGCCACCAACUCAGAAGGGAUUGAACCUCAAGGAAUACCGAGAAAUGGAAUACCUUUCCAAUGUGAUUGAUGAAACUCUUCGUGUUGUUUCUUUCUCACUUGUGGCUUUUCGAGAGGCAAAAAAAGAUGUCAAUGUGAACGGUUAUAUUAUUCCCAAGGGGUGGAAAGUCUUAACAUGGUUCCGGAGUGUUCACUUGGAUUCUGAAAUAUAUGAAAAUCCAAUGGAGUUCAACCCUGAUAGAUGGACAAAUUAUACACCAAAACCAGCAACUUUUAUGCCCUUUGGAGCUGGAAGCAGGCUGUGCCCUGGUAAUGAUCUUGCUAAAAUGGAAAUUGGAAUUUUCCUUCACCAUUUUCUGCUCAACUACAAGCUAGAACGGCUUAAUCCUGAGUGCCCAUUAAUGUACUUACCGCAUUCGAGGCCAAAAGACAAUUGCUUGGCAAGAGUCAGGAAAGUUACAACAGAGGAAGUCAGAGAAGUAAAUACAUGAAAGGAGUGCUCUUGUUAUUCCAUAACCUAUAUGUUUAGCUUAGACAAAGUGUGACAUAAGCUACAUUGUUCCUUGUUUUGGUUGGCAAAUUAUGAGCUGCAUUCCCAUCUGUUACUAAUCAAGAGCUUAUCUUGUCACUUUUCAGCAUUAGAUUUAGUUGUCAAAGAGAUUAUUAAUCUUAGCAGGAACAGAGGCCUAGCAUGCACACCCUUCUCAAUGAGAGCUGGUGGUAAUGAUGUGCAUUGUAGGCAGUUUCUGUCUGUUUUGUUUUUGGAAGAUGCAUUGUAGGCAGGUUAUGUAUAACUAGGCAUGUAACCGUGGUUACGUUAAUCGCAAUAAUUUAAGCUUGUUGGAAAUUAGUUGUU